AUGGAGAACCAGACAGAUAUUCUGCUUCUGGAGGGAUUAAAGGUCACCCCCCAAUCCUCCAUUCCUGCUUUCAUCCUCCUCCUCCUCAUCUACAUCUUCAUCAUGGUGUCCAACAUCGGCCUCGUAGUCCUGAUCUUCACAGAGAAGAGCCUGCACCAGCCCAUGUAUCUGCUUUUCUGCAACAUGAGUAUUAACGAUGCUUUUGGGGCCACAGCCAUCAUUCCCCGUUUGCUGAGUGACGUUUUUGUUCCGAGCACAGACCGUUACAUUCAUUACAUCGACUGUGUCAUUCAGGCUUUUUGUGCACACAUUCAUGCCAGCGCCUCUCACACUGUGCUCAUUAUCAUGGCUUUUGAUCGAUAUGUGGCCAUCUGCAACCCCCUGCAUUAUGCCACCAUCAUGACCAACAGGAUGGUGGUGACGCUGUCGGUGUUGGCUUGGAUGGUCUCUUUAUUGAUGGUGCUGAUCCUCGUGGGCCUCAGCGUCCGCCUGUCGCGCUGCAGGUGGAUUAUAUUCAACCCCUUCUGCGACAAUGCCUCCCUGUUCAAGCUGUCCUGUGAAAGCGUCCUCAUUAAUAACAUCUACGGCCUCAGCUACACGGUGGUCCUGCUGGGCUCCUCCAUCGGCAGCGUAGCUCUCACCUACCUGAGAAUUGCCGCAGCGUGUGUGCUCAGUAAAAAAAAGGCUCUGAACAGCCGGGCGCUGCAGACCUGCGCCACCCACCUGGCUGUGUACAUCAUCCUGUUUGUGUCAGGCGCCAUCAUCAUCAUCCUCCAUCGUUUCCCUCACUUAUCAGAUCACAGGAAGCUGGCAUCCAUCUUGUUCCACGUGGUCCCUCCUGCCAUGAACGCUGUGAUCUACGGAGUGCAAAUCAAAGCGGUCAGACAAAAGAUUUUCAUCAUGUUUACAAGGAAUACAAUGAAUGUGACAAGAGUGAAAUGA